CUUUCUUCUCCGGUACCUGAGAAGUUCAGUAUGAAGACUAUAUGGCUGGCGUGCCUGUUGGUUGUCGCUGUGAACUGUAGACCGGAAUCAUUAGAGAAACGAUACGAUGGCCAUCAAGUGUUGAAGGUAUUCCCCAAUCUUCUGGAAAACUUCAAGAACAUUGAAGCAUUAGGAGCAAAGUACAAUUUGGAUUUCUGGAACCAUCCCAAACACCAGAAUGGGACGUACGACAUUCAGGUUUCCCCUGAACACGUUACAGAUGUCAUCAAUGAAUUGAAAUCGUUAGGGGCAGACGCCAGUGUUUGGAUCCAUGAUAUUCAAUCCCUAAUAGAUGAAUCACGACCGUCGGAUCAUCAAAAACGAGCCUCCGGAACGCUCAGCAUGAAUCAUUACCAUUCAUAUGCGGAGAUCAAUACUUUCCUGAAUUCUAUUGUAUCUUCGAACAGCCAUACCCAUCUCGACAACCUAGGGACAUCUCUACAGGGCAGAUCUAUAAAUCUCAUCAGGUUUUCUACCGGUUCAACUUCCCGUGGGACUCACAAGAAGAGCAUAUUUAUGGACGGUGGAAUUCAUGCUCGUGAGUGGAUAGCCCCGGCCGUGGUGCUCUAUAUGAUUGAUCAGCUUGCUAAUAAUCCCAACAACGACCCAGACAUCGCCAAUCUGUUGGACAAGUUCGACUGGUACCUCGUUCCCCUCGUCAAUCCAGAUGGGUAUGAAUAUUCAAGGAAC